AUGGAAUCGUCUUGUGGAAAAGGCUUUGAACUUUUCUGUUUUCUUCUCAUUUUAUUUGUUAACCAUGUGUUUUGCAUCGAAGGUGGAACCAACUUCAAUUGGAAUUCGACAGUGACCGGAUCUGCGCAUCCAUCUCCAUUACCUGUGGAGACAAGCUUCAAGUUUCCAUCUCCAUUACCUGUUAUCCCUUUGGAUGGGAGAAAUUUUGGGAAAGGAAAGAUAGAUCUGGGAGAUCUUGAGGUGAUCCAAGUCUCCAUCUCAGCCUCAACGUCACAGAGAGUAUGGACAACGUACGAGGGAGGGCCCGACAGCAUGGGGAUCAGCAUCUUCGAACCUAUCAAUCUUCCUCCUGGCUUCUUCACACUUGGCUUCUAUGCACAACCCAACAACCGUUUGCUUUUCGGUUGGGUUCUUGUUGCUUGA